GCGCCCCCCCUCGCUCCCGCCAUGAGCCUGGACAUCCAGUGCGAGGAGCUGACGGACGCCCGCUGGACCGAGGUCCUGCCGCAGAUCCAGCAGCGCGAGGUGGUCAGGCUGGAGGACUGUGGCCUCACUGAGGACCGCUGCAAGGACAUCAGUUCAGCCCUGAAGGCCAACUCUUCCCUGACGGAGCUGAGCCUGAGGAACAAUGAACUGGGUGAUGCGGGCACGCGCCUGGUGCUGCAGGGCCUGCAGGGCCCCACCUGCAAAAUCCGCAAGCUCAACCUCCAGAACUGCUCCCUGACAGAGGCCGGCUGCAAGGAGCUGCCCAGAAGCCUGUGCUCCAUGUCCAACCUCUUGGAGCUGCACCUGAACUACAACUCGCUGGGGGACACAGGCCUCCAGCUGCUCUGCAAGGGGCUCCUGGACUCCCAAUGCCAGCUGGAGCGGCUGCAGCUGGAAGAUUGCUCCCUGUCCGCCGAGAGCUGCGAGGCCCUGGACCCGGUGAUCCGUGGCAAACCAAACUUCAAAGAGCUCACGGUGAGCAACAACCCCAUCGGGGAGGCAGGGGCCCGAAUGCUGUGCCAGAGCCUGACCGAGUCCUCCUGCCAGCUGGAGACACUCAAAAUGGACAACUGCGGCCUCACGUCAGCCAACUGCAAGGACCUGAGUCGCCUGGUGGCCUCAAAGGCCUCGCUGAGCGAGCUAGACCUGGGUUGCAACAAGCUGGGGAACGAGGGCAUCGCAGAGCUCUGCCGUGGGCUGCUGAACCCCAACUCCCAGCUGAAGACUCUCUGGCUCUGGGAGUGUGACAUCACCAGCAGUGGCCUCAGAGACAUCGGUCGUGUUCUGGAGACCAAGAAGAGCCUGAAGGAGCUCAGCCUGGUCGCCAACAAGUUGGGAGACGAGGGCGCGAGGCUGCUCUGUGAGCACCUGCUGGCGCCCAACUGCCAGCUGCAGAGCUUGUGGGUGAAAGAAUGCGACUUCACGGACGCCUGCUGCGAGCACUUCAGCCAGGUGUUGGAGCAGAACCAGCACCUCCUGGAGCUCCAGAUCGGCCAAAACAAGCUGGGCGACAACGGUGUGAGGCAGCUCUGCCAGGCCCUGUCCCAGCCCGGCACCAAGCUGCAGAUACUCUACCUCGGAGACUGCGAGGUGACCAAUAUCGGCUGCAGGAGCCUUGCUGCCCUUCUCUGUGCCUGCCAGAGCCUGAAAGAGCUGGACCUCAGCAACAACGGUCUGAGCGAUCCUGGCGUUCAGCUGCUGGUCUCCAGCCUGGAGCACCCUGACAGCCACCACCUGGAGAUGCUCGUCCUUUAUGACAUUUACUGGUCUGAGGAAUUUGAGGAGCGCCUGCACGCCCUGCAGGACUCGAGGCCCAACUUCAGGAUCAUCUUCUGAGCAUCCCACAGCCUCCUGCCCUUCCCUGCCCUGCAGCAGUUGUGCCUUACCCCACCUGCCUGGGGCCGAAUUCAUGCUGGUGUUCUGAAAACCACAUUUGACCAUUAAAGCAGUGUUUUGGCA